AUGUCUUCGAACCAGCAGCAGGGCCAGGCCGGCCAGUUCGCUACGCAGGGCCAGUACGGUGGCGUGACCGGUGGUGGCUUCGGCGGGGCGCUCGCCAAGGAUCGCGACGGCAACCAGGCCCAGAGCCAGCAGGACGAGCGCUCCCCGUACGAGGGCUACGGCGCCAACGACAGCUCCGCCAGCGGUGGCUUCGGCCUCAACCAGAGCGGCUCGUCGUUCUCGCGUGCGAACCAGAUGGGCUUCGACGACACCAAGGGCAACAUUGGUUCGGAGCAGUACAACUACACCUCCAACGACGGCGGUAUGAAGACUGGCGCCAGCACCCCCGGCUACCGCAAGGAGGGCGAGGACGAGGGUAACCUUACCUCGCAGUUCCGUGGCCAGAACCUUGCCUUAUCGAAGAAGGACGACGACGAGCCCGAGAUCUAA